AUGAUUGAAGAGCAGGGAGAAGGGAGCCUGUUGCUAUCCAAAGCAGCUUUGCAUUACGCUCGCGAGGAAGGGGACACAGGUGGCUGUAGUUAUCUUAAUAUUGCUGCAGGACUAAAGCUACGGAAGAUAGCAGAACCUUCAGAGAUACUUCUCACUCCAAACAAGUGGGUCCCAAGGCCGGAUUUCUCGGAAGAGAAAGCUGGAGGGAAAGGAGAAAUGGUGGAUCAUUCUUACACCCAAGUCGUAAAAGGGAAAACAAAAGAAAACAAGGCCUGCUUACAGCUCUUACUACUCUCUCUUCCCUGCAGAUCACGGAGGUGCAAGGUGUCGGCACGUAAAAUUGGCUUGCAGAAGCUAUGGGAAUGGUGCAUCGGGAUCAUCCAGAUGACGUCCCUUCCCUGGAGAGUCGUGAUUGGGCGCCUUGGCCGGCUUGGCCACGGGGAACUGAAAGACUGGAGCAUUCUGCUGGGGGAGUGCUCCCUGCAGACCAUCAGCAAGCAGUUGAAGGAGGUGUGUUUGAUGUGUGGCAUCUCCUCUGCAGAUUCUCCCUCCAUCCUCAGCGCCUGCUUGGUGGCCAUGGAACCACAGGGGUCAUUUGUGGUGAUGCCAGAUGACAUGUUUGACCUCCCAUUCCCAGAUGACAUGGACAAUGACAUUGGCAUCCUGAUGACUGGGAACCUUCACUCCUCCCCAAACUCUUCCCCUGUCCCGUCCCCUGGUUCUCCCGGAAUUGGGGUAGGACCAUCCUUUCAGCACAGCCGGAGCCAAGGGGAGCGUCUCCUUUCCCGGGAAGCCCCCGAAGAACUGAAGCAGCAGCCCCUCGCCCUGGGUUACUUCGUUUCCACUGCCAAAGCCGAGAACCUUCCUCAGUGGUUCUGGUCCUCCUGUCCUCAAGCUCAGAACCAGUGCCCCCUCUUUCUCAAGGCCUCACUGCACCAUCACAUCUCCGUAGCGCAAACAGAUGAACUCCUUCCUGCCCGGACUUCCCAGAGAGUUCCCCACCCCUUGGACUCCAAAACCACAUCAGAUGUCCUCAGGUUCGUCCUGGAACAAUAUAACGCAUUGUCAUGGCUAACCUGUAAUCCGGCGACCCAGGAUCGUGGGUCUUGCCUUCCUGUUCAUUUUGUGGUGCUCACCCAGCUCUACAACGCCAUCAUGAACAUUCUCUAGUAGCGGAGGCGGAGGUGUAGCCAAACCUUUUCUCUUUCCGCUGGAAGAAAGACGCGCUUGGCCUGCAAGAGUUCAGAUCCCGGUCUGAAGAAGGCGGAGAAGAAGCCGGAGCCAUGCUCCCGAUUUCCUCAAGAAAGCAGGAGGACCGUCCCGUCUACCAAAACGGGAGAAUCUUGUUUCCCCUGCAAGAGUUUCAGGGCAGCCGGAGGCGUGUUACGACUUUUGAAGGCAGUGUUAAAUUUCGCUGGCUGAACACCUUGACUAGAAUUAUGGACCACAGUGAAGACAAUACGUCUUUCAUUUCAUUCUCUUUUUUUUCCCGUUCUUUUUUUUUCUUCCCCCUUUCUUUUUCUGUUUCGGUGCACGGAUCUUGCGGUGAGACCGGUCUGAACGGCCCAAAACUUCUGGCAUUUUCCUUGAACAACAACAACAACAAAAACCCCAUGGCAUCCACGGGACUGCGACGGAAGAACCGAUUCUACUAGUCGAAGAAAUAUAUAUGGGAUUUUUUUUAUUAUUAUUAUUAUUAUUUUUGAUGUACCUGGAACUCCUUGGCAGAAUGGGAUGAAUGAAUGAAUGCGGGGUUGGGGGUUUUUGCCCCCCCCUCCGCCUCCCCAAUCCAUGUAGAUACGAAUGGUCUGGAGACACGCUGACGUUUGUCCGGUUUUUAUUGUUUUAUUUUUAAUUUAUUUAUAGGGGCUAUUAAAUUAUAGAGGACCAGGUACAGGACGCGAUCUGAUUCCCAUCUCACCGAGAAGUGGGGUUAUUUUUUUUUUAAAAUUUUUAUUUUGGCAUACCUCUCGCUUUUUAGUUUAGAAAUGGGUGUGGCGGGGCGGGGCGGGAUGGAGCAGGGAAACAGUUCAAAGGAGCCAUUGAGGAAGAACUCAAAAGAGUCACAUAUGUUUAAAAAGAAAAAGAAAACAUUUUGAGGGGUGGACCCUCUGAGUUAAGGAGGCGGCCUGCCGAGAAUGUUUUUAAAAAAGUAAAUCAGAUUAACGACAUGUCAUGCAAAAUAGCCAAGACCGGGGGCAAAAAUACGGAAAACUCACGAAAACAUGCCUUCUCCAAUCUGAUAGCAUCCGGAUGCUUUUUGGGAAUCAUCAUCUCGUCACCCGGAGCCAUUAGCAGUGGGAUCGUGUGGGGCAGGGGCUGGGAAUCAUGGGAGGGGUAGUUCCACAUGACUGGAAGGGACUGGCUGUUUCAAGUGUGGAAACCCCCAGCCCCCCAAAAGAGGGGGUGGUGGUGGCAGAAUAACCAUUGAAAGGAAAGUUUAAGGAGGUCUUUAGAAUAGAAUAAUAAUAAAAGGGCUGGAAGGGACCUUGGAGGUCAUCUAGUCCAAGCCCCUGCUCAAGCAGGAGACCCUGUGCCAUUCUGGACCAAUGGCUGUCCAGUCUCUUCUUUAAAAAACCUUCCGGUUUGAUCAAUGUGGAUUAUUUCUCUCUCUCUCUAGCAUCCCGUCUUGCAUAUCCACAUUCAGAUGCACCCAAAUUUUUGAAACAAUUAUGUCCAUAUUCUCCACUCCCACCUCCCAAAACCUAAAUAAGAGAUAUUUCAGAGAAUUUUUUUAAAAAAAAGCCUACUUCAUUACAUUAAUAUGGAAACUUAAAAGAAAACAUCGGGUGGGCGGAAAAAGCAUAAGCCUGACUUAUUUAAAAUGUGGCGUCAAGAUUUGAUUUUGUUUGUUUGUUUGUUUUUAAAAAGAAAAAGCUUAAAGCCAUGAAAUUGUUUGAAUCAGGGGGUCUCCAAACUUAGCCACUUGAAGGUUGGCGGACUU